CUUGGAUUGAUAAAAUUCCUUUAUUUAUCGAUUUUAUUCACGGAAUUUGAUUACAUAAACCGUAUUUUGAUUAUAAACAUACGGAGUACAAGUAUUAAAUUAACUACUACGAACAUAUCAUUCAUAAUUUAUACUAUCACAAUUAACAUUAAGAUAUAAGACUUUUAACUAGGUACUUAAUCCCUCUUGUUGUUAUUGUUGUUAUUAUUAGGGGUACUUUAUUGUGCAGCCCUCUUCAAUGCGCAUAUACGUAGUACAGUACUAUGCGAUAUAUAAUGUGUUACGGAGCAAUUGGUGUCUGAGGGCAGUCACAGCUUAGACAUUGACACGUGAUCAUGCAUCUAAAGGUACACCUGCCACUACCCUGCUCCUGCAGCCAUCUUCUGCUCAGCACACUACGGCCUUCGUCGCUGCCGCCGCCGGUUGAUGCCGCCGUCGCAGGCGGUGUCUUCACAGUGGUGGUAGAAACCGUCGUCAAUUCUUCGCUUCCCGAGAUCGCCGCCUCACCAAUGGUGCCGGUACAAAGCACCGCAAGGAGCAGCAAGAUGAUCCCCGCGGCCAUUUUGGAUAAUGUGGCUGCCUUUUCUGUUGCCAUGCUACUAAUAUAUAAGCUAAUUAAUUGUUUUUUGGAAGGCUAAUAAAUAAUAAGUUAUUAAUUGUUGGGAUAAAUACGGAGUAUGUAGUUAGCUAGCUAGGCUCUUUCUGUUUUGCCUGCUCUCUAAUAGUAGUAUAAAUAAUUUGUAUAAAUAAUUAAUUAAGUUUUGUUUUCUUAGCUUCCAGAGUUGCAGUAACAUUCAGCUCCUAUAUAUAGAUAUCGAUGUGUUUAAG